AUGCCGCAUGCGGUUCUGGGAAUGUUGAGCCUAGCAAUAUCAUUCCGUGGGUGCCCCCUCAUAUUUGAUACUCGUGAUGAGCUUGAACAAUGGGCUAAGAAUGUUGGAAAGGCGAAUGGUUAUGUGCUGGUGAUCGCAAGGUCUGACUAUGCUAUAAGUGGAGGAAAGGUAUUUGUUACUAUUAAGUGUGCGAAGCAUGGUAUUUACAGGCCAUACAAGGACCCGAAUACAUUCAAGUACAAAAAGACCGCAUCACAAAAGACUGAUUGUAAGUUUAAUCUCAAAGGACGACCUGCGAAGGGUGAUAGAAUGUGGCGGCUGAAAGUGAUGGAUGGUAAACACAACCAUGAACCAGCUAAAUCACUAGUUGGCCACCCCUACGUUGGUCGACUAACAGAGGAAGAAAAGGGGCUUGUGGGCACCAUGACUAGUACUUGGACUCCACCGAGACAAAUACUAGCGGCAUUGAAGGAAAACAAUCCAGGUAACUUGACUACAAUCACUCAAGUUUACAGUUGCAACAAAAGGUUUAAAAAAGAGGAGAGAGGACCAUUGACAGAAAUGCAACAUUUGAUGAAGAAGUUGGUAGAAGCCAAGUAUGUUCACUUUGAAAGGCAACAAGCUGAUUCAAGUGAGAUUAGGGAUCUCUUUUGGGCUCAUCCUGAUGCGGUCAGACUCUUCAACACAUUCCCUCAUGUGGUCAUCAUGGAUUGCACGUACAAGACAAACAGAUAUCAGAUCCCCUUGCUUGAAAUGGUUGGUCUCACUUCUACGGGGUUGACUUUCUCCACAGCAUUUUGCUACAUAGUUAGGGAGCACACAAUUGACUAUGUUUGGGCCUUGGAGUGCAUGAAGUCUCUUAUUGCCGAUGAUGCCAGAUUACCUCAAGUGAUUGUGACUGACAGAGAUUUGGCUUUACUGAGUGCUGUUAAGCAAUGUCUUCCCAACUGUACCAAUUUAUUAUGCCGGUUCCACAUAAACAAGAAUGUGGAGGCAAAGUGCAAAGUGUUGAUUGGCACAGAUGAUUUUGCCCUUUCAGUGAUGGAGAACUGGAAAUGCCUGAUAUAUGCUGAAACAGUGGAACAAUUUGAUGAGGAAUGGAAGGAAAUGUGUGUCAUGUGUAAGGACUUCCCAGAUUUCAUAUCCUACAUUUCUACUACAUGGUUAAAGCACAAGGAGAAAUUUGUGAGUGCGUGGACCAAUUCUGUGUUGCAUUUUGGAACAACAACGAGUAACAGGGCUGAAAGUGCACACUCAACCUUGAAGAGGAUGCUGAAAGACGACAGAGGUGACUUGUGCGCCUCGUGGGAUGCAGUGGAUAGGUUGACCACUGUACGACACAAUGAAAUCAAGGCAUCAUUUGAGCGCAGUAUCAACCUAGUAGAACAUCGUUUCAAGUCGCCCAUGUAUACAAAUAUCAGGGGAUUUGUGUCCAGAAAGGCCAUGCAACUCAUGGAAGAUGAACAGAACAGAGUGAUGCGCGAUGGUUGUGGAUGCGCGUUCCAAGUUACCCAUGGGCUUCCUUGUGCGUGUGCACUUCAUAGUUAUGAUAGAAUUCUGUAUGAGGCAAUCCAUACUUUCUGGAAGAUACUUGGUUGGGACCAUGUACCCAUUGGGAGUCAAGCCUCAAACCAAAGAGACCUCAAGUCAGAGAUUGAUGGCUUGACCGCUUAUUUCAACACUUUGGAUGUUGCGGGCCAAAGUAUGCUAAGGAGGAAGGUAAAGGAGCUCUAUUGUCCUUCUAGUAGUUCACUGUGUCCUCCUCAAGUGAAGAUAAAGCCCAAGCGCUCGUCCAAGGCUAUGGAGAGUAAACCACCUAGUCAACAAAAACCAUCCUUACAGCGUGAUCCUUGUUAUUGGGAACAUGUUAACAAUAGCCUCAAGCCAACACCUAACAAAGUCUCUUGUCCUCGGAACAAGAAGUCUAAGAAGAGAAACCAGUCCUCCACCAGCAUAUACUUGGAUGAUUUGCCAUCUUUCUUCCAUCAAUAUAUAGAAAAAGUCAUAGAUGUUAUUCCAGAUGGUAAUUGUGGUUAUAGAUCAAUUGCUGCAUUGUUCAGACCCGACAUAGGUCAAGACGGUUGGCCUUUGAUUAGGGAAGAGUUGCUUGUAGAACUCUCAUAG